UAAUAUGGAUGCUGUUCCUUUAAGAGGGUCUUUGGACUGUCAACGCGCAUCUGCGCCGCUGGAAGAGGGCGAGUUCUGCAUCCCCCUUGAACAGAUGUACGUUUCUCUGUGAACAGCGCGUUAAUCGAAAAGGAAGACAAAAUGGCUGAAUUGGGCAAAGGACUCACUGCGGGGAAAGUCGCCAGUAAUGUGCAGAAAAAAUUAACGCGAGCACAGGAGAAGGUGAUGCAAAAGCUUGGAAAAGCAGAUGAGACAAAGGACUUGGCAUUCGAGGAAGGCGUCAUCAACUUCCACAAACAGCAUGCGGAAGGCUCCAAACUGCAGAGAGACCUGAGGGCCUACCUGGCUGCAGUGAAAUCCAUGCACGAGUCCUCCAGGAAAGUACAGGAGUGUUUGGCAGACAUGUACGACGACAACUGGGAAGGCAAAGACGAAGUGGACGCUGUCGUAGAGGACUCUGAUCUCCUGUGGACGGACUUCCAUCAGAAGCUAGUGGACCACGCCCUAAUCUCCAUGGACACAUAUCUGGGCCAGUUCCCCGACAUCAGGUCCCGCAUUGCCAAGCGUGACAGGAAGCUGGUGGACUUCGACAGCGCCCGACACACGUACGCCUCCACGCAGAAAGGGGACAAGAAGAAAAAGGACGGCGGGAUCAAGAUCGCCAAGCCUGCAGUCUCCCUGCUGGAGAGGGCAGCUCCACAGUGGGCCCAGGGCAUCCUGUCAGCGCAUAACGUCGCCCAAACAAACCUGUCAAGGAGUCAGGCUGAGGAAGAGCUAGAGAGGGCUCAGAAGGUCUUUGAUGACAUCAAUGUGGACCUGCAAGAAGAGCUGCCAUCUCUCUGGAACAGUCGUGUUGGGUUCUAUGUGAACACGUUCCAGAGUGUGGCAGGGCUGGAGGAGAAGUUCCACAGGGAGAUGGGCAAGCUGAAUCAAUGUCUGUUUGUUAACCUGGUAAAGGUUGAAAACCAGGACUUGACCAGACAAACAGGGGUCCGCGGGGCAAGGACAACGCCGGCAGGUGCCAGGAGUGGACCAGACGGGGCUAAUCACACCCUGAGCGUCGGACCUCCUCCCAUACCCAAGUCUCCAUCUAAGCUGAGGCCCGCCCUGCCCCCGCCACCUAAAGUCACUCCGUCCAUGGAGAUGAAGACGGAGAACAUCCUCAACCUGUUUGACGAGGCCUCCAAUCCAAACAUCAGCGUGACCUCUCCAACUCAGUUUGAUACUCCUGGUGCCGGCAACCUGCUGGACAUGGACCAGGACUCACUCAUUGAUAUCAGGCCAGGAGGCUCAGCCACUACCGCCGCCGCCGCCCAGGAAGAAAACUGGGACACUUGGGAGCAAGGGGAGUCCCAGCAGCCCGCUGCGGCUGCGGCUGCGACUGCGACUGUGGAUCCCACUAACCCCAACUGGGGUGACGACCCCACCAAGCCCAAAUGGGACGACGACGACGACAGUGCGACCCAGCCAAAGUGGGACCACGACCCCACCAAACCAAAAUGGGACGACGACCCCACCAAACCCAAAUGGGACGACGACCCCACCAAACCCAAAUGGGAAGAUGAUGAACCUGCCCUCGACAAGGGCGAUGAUGAAGCUGCUGCUUCUGCUGCUGCUGCUGCUGAUGCUGAUGCUGAUGCCGCUACCGGUAACGCCGCCACCAGCGGCGAAGAAGGUGCCAUCGACGAACGUGGCACCAGCGAAGCCACUGAUGACAGCACCGCUCAGCCUGUGCAAGAAGACGGGGAACAGGCUGCGGAAAGCACAGAAGCUGCACCUGCACCGGCACCUGCACCUGCACCUGUGGCUGCACCUGCGGCUGCAGCUGCACCAGAGCCUGUGGCUGCCGCGGCUGCUGAGCCUGCUCAGCCAAUGGAGGCCACCCAACCUUCAGAGGCUGGUGAGAUGCCUCCCGGGUUCAUCUUCAAAGUCCAGACCAUGCAUGACUAUAACGCAAACGAUUCUGAUGAGCUCGAGCUGAAAGCAGGAGAUGUAGUACUGGUGAUGACCUUUGACAACCCAGAUGAGCAGGAUGAUGGCUGGCUGGUCGGUGUGAAGGAGACAGUGUGGCAGAAGACCAAAGAGCUGUCCACUAAAGGAGUGUUCCCAGAGAACUUCACCCAGAGACUGUGAACCCAGUCCAGUCUGACCACGCCAACACCGCCUGGUGACCAGAACCACUCGCAGGGGGACGCCAAACACGUCCCAGAAAUCUGCCCCAUGUCCUGUCCUCAUGCCCCCCUACCCUUGUAUCAACCACCUUCAGGAUGCCCCAGGGAAUUCUGGGAUUGAUAUGUUUAGUCCUGCUUCACACCACAACCAUAUCCACUGACUGUUGAAAUGCACAUGCAUUGAUUGAUUGAUUGAUUGAUUGAUUGAUUGAUUGAUUGAUUGAUUUAUUGCUCGAUCGGCCAGUUGAUUGAUUGAUGAGUUUUACAUUUACAGAAUCCACAUUGUCAUCUAUGAGUAGAGUGAGUAAGGGAGGUGUUCCAGUGGAUUGUGCCCAUCGUAGUCAACCGUAGCCCAACACACCAUGCAUCAGAGCCAAGGCUAGUGGCCUCUCUUAUCGUCUGCUGUUGCCUUCUUGCUCAGAUAUCCACAUAUCCCUGUGAGUGUUUGUGUAUGGCCAGACAGUAACUCAGUCCGCCAUCUUGGGAAGCAUCAAUGAACCUGAUAUAAUAUGAGACAGCUGGAUGUGACCUGACAUCUCCCGGGGACCAGCCCCUGAGUCAACGCUGCUCACGGGAAGAGAUGAUGUUAUUGUGUUGUCAUGGUAUUAUUUAGCCGUCCCCAUGCAUUUGCAGAGUUGCACGGUGUAACUGAAAUAGUGAUGAUGUUAGCGUAGCCCUUCCUUGUUCUAACCUUUGGAAAACCUAUGAGAUAAUACACUUGAAACCUCUCCCGAUACCUGGUGGCUGUGCAAUUUAGAGUUGAGAGAUAUAUUUAUUUAUUUAUUUAUUUUGUUGUUGGUUAUUUUUUUCUGCAUAUUCGUUGUCAGCUGGAAUAGAACUUCAUUCCAUACACUACCUUUUGGCAGUUUACUAAAGGCUAGCAAGUGCAUAGUGUACCUGUGUGGGUGUGAUUGUGACUGCAGCAACGUCGACUGGGAAUUGAAUAAGCUAAUCAUCUCAAAUUCAGGUCUGCAAGCAGUCAAGGUCAUCAAGCUCCACUGUACAAUUAAACACUGUUAAUCACGUUCCUGGAGAUGUACUUAUGCAAUACUAUCAACACAGGAUCUACAUGCCGUGUGAAUGCCUAUGUGCCGAACCUCUCUUUGAGGGCUAAGGAGUUUAAGUGCAGCAUGCGGGGGGUUAUAUGUGACGUGUGAAUCCGUCUAGUUAUUUGACGUGAUAUCGUAAUACUGACGUGAUAUCAUGAAUACGAUCAACUCAAGCUCUAUUCCAUUCUAUCUAUUCUCAGUUGUGGGCGUAUAUUUUUUAUUUUUGUACAUAGUGCAAGUAUGUUUGAAUUGUUUAUUGAAUCGUUGAUAUCAAUAUCUAUCUAUGAAAUCUGUGCGGAGAGGCGGGACGAUGUGUUUUUAUGUGCCAUGACGGUGUGGCUUCUGCCCAAAUGCUAGAGUUUGACCCGGGUGUUGUCAUUGCUUCACCUUCUCUCGCUUUGAAGCGUUGGCGUGUGACUUACACCCAUCCUCCCACUAGGUGUUCAUGUUUAUCUCUGUUUAUUGCUGUGGUUGUCAUGGAAACCCGAGGCUAGGCCGCAGGCUCUGUGGCACAGUAUUGGGCAUCUGUGUUUUGUUUUGUUUUGUUUUCUUAGUUUUCACUUUUAUUCCCUGCCAGGAUGUAUGUUUCGUCCAUAAUAGAGAUUAGUUAUCAGACCAACGUAAUACCACCAUCCAGGAACUAAGGCUGUGAGGAAGAGUGUGUGUGUGUUUGUGGGUGUGUAUAUGCGUGUGUGUGUGUGUGUGUGUGUGUGUGUGUGUGUGUGUCUGUGUGUCUGUGUGUGUGUGUGUGUGUGUGUGAGAGAGAGAGAGAGAGAGAGAGUUUGUUUCAGCUUCUUGAAUCAGGUGUGCCACUGUUUCUCAGAUGAUUUUGAGCUCAAGGGGAGAUGCAGCGGGGGAGCCAGCGGAACCUUAAAGCUGCUCUAUGAAACCCACGUGUAGAGUACCAGAGCUAGCUCAUAGCGCAUAGCUACAUCGGAACCUUAAAGCUGCUCUAUGAAACCCACGUGUAGAGUACCAGAGCUAGCUCAUAGCGCAUAGCUACAUCGGAACCUUAAAGCUGCUCUAUGAAACCCACGUGUAGAGUACCAGAGCUAGCUCAUAGCGCAUAGCUACAGCGGAACCUUAAAGCUGCUCUAUGAAACCCACGUGUAGAGUACCAGAGCUAGCUCAUAGCGCAUAGCUACAGCGGAACCUUAAAGCUGCUCUAUGAAACCCACGUGUAGAGUACCAGAGCUAGCUCAUAGCGCAUAGCUACAUCGGAACCUUAAAGCUGCUCUAUGAAACCCACGUGUAGAGUACCAGAGCUAGCUCAUAGCGCAUAGCUACAGCGGAACCUUAAAGCUGCUCUAUGAAACCCACGUGUAGAGUACCAGAGCUAGCUCAUAGCGCAUAGCUAGCUUUACAUUCGAUUAGCUAUCACAACAUUAGAUUAUCUGUGAUUGUGAAGGAAAUCAGCAAGUCUCAGCAACACUCCUGGGCUAUUCAAUGAGAAACUAAAAUGUCAUCAUGGCCUGUCUGCAUUGACCAAUCAGGAUGCUUCUGAAGAGACAGCCACCCCAGCCAGCCAAUGAUUUUGUGUGUUGAAUGGAAAGGGUGGAUUCCAGUGAUUAAGAAUUGAGAAGGUUAGGAAGUUAUUAAGAAACACUAACUUUGCCGCAGCUCUUAGCAGUAACAACCUGAAUUGCAAAAAAAAACAAGAACAAACUUUGUUCUCUAUAAAACUGUAAGCCAGACCAACAUCUCUAAAAGUAUAUACUACAGUAGUUACUCUGAAAAACUCUAUUUUUCUUCGCUGGUGUUCUCGUGUUGGUGCAUACGUACUGUGAAACUUGUGUCAUUUGUUAGGCUAUGUGUAAAUAAUAUAAGACAGAUCAGUAUAACAUAUCUCUGUGUACAUAUCUAUUGAAGUAUGAAUGUGUCAGGUGCAUGCAUAGCCUCACAUGAAACGUGUGUGUGAUUUUGUCCUCUGUCAUUUUAAUUAAAAACUUUUAAUUUGUAUUUUUUGGGGGGAAGUAAAGGAUGGGGACUGUCCUGUCCUGUCCUGUAUUUGAAGCCAUGGGUGUUUAUCUUCGCCUCUGUUCUCCUGUACACACUGUUGUCCCAACAGUGCUAAUAAAGAUGGGGUCCGCCCCUCAAAUAGA